AUGCGAUCUUUAUUGGAAAGAAUCCUUUAUCACCAGAAGAUUGAAGGUAUCAAAUUAAGUUUGAUUAGAAAAGAUGCUUUGUUGAUUUAUUCAGGUGGUCAAACUAGGUUGAAAUCUAAUUCGAGCUUGAGCGAAUCAACUUCUUAUUCAAAUGUUGCUAACUCGUUAAACUUGUAUCAAGUUAUUUAUGAUCAACUUUUGGAAGAACGUCAACUUGAUCGUCAUCAAAGGUUUAGAAUUCAUGAGUUUUUAACCGAUCGGGUCACUACUGAAGAAUUCGCGUUGGAUUCUUGGACAAACUUGGUUUUCUCUGUUGCAAGAUUCAAAGAGUUUACAGGACAUUAUCCCCACCAUAUCACCGUAAUAGGUCAUUCCUUCAAAUCCAAAAGGUUUCAAGAAAUCCAUCGAGAAGCCCUAAGAUGGCCAUCCGAAAAAUUUGAGUAUGUUUCCAUUCAAGAUGAUUCAAAUCAAUUAGAAUCAAGAUAUUUAGGUGAAAAGGAAGUCUUUCAAUCCUUUGGGUUUGAUAGAUAUGGUUGUUUGGGUAAAUUGAUGUCUAAAAGGAUUUCUAGAAAUCCCUUUAGAAGGUUUCAUUCUUAUUUGAUUAGUAAUUACGAAUUGACAGGGCUUUUGGAAUGGUGCCCUGCGAAUGGAAUUGAUUGGUAUCCUGGACCAUUACCUUGGUCAAAUUUAACUUGA